AUGGGCAUUUAUUGGUGAUAAUAGUGGUCUAGAUAUGUUGAAGAAACAGUUUGUGCCUCAUAUUGCCAGACUCUGUCAUUUACUGAAUAAAAGACUUGACAAUGCUGAAGAACAUAACAUGUUGCGAUGUAUUGCAGAUAGACCUCUACUCACCAUGUAUAGUAUUAAGUCCAUCUGUCAACUGCAGUCAUUUUUCAACACUCUUGUACAUAUCCACCAGACAGGAGGCAGCACUGAAUCAUUAAGUCUGUCACAGAGUAGCAGUCAUGCACAUGAAUUCAGAUCCAGCCAAUCACUGGAGGGCUCUCAUCGUAUCAGUCGACAGGAUAGUAUGACGUCAGUAGUUGGUAAAACUGACGAUGCUGAUCACAAGCAUUCUGAUCCCAUGUUGUUUAUUGAGCGAAUGAUUGAAAGAGAUUUUUUAGAUCCACUAGUGCAAUAAAAUAGUCAUAUUUACAAUGUAUAAAAAUUAUAUUUAUUUUUUUGUGUUAACAUAAUUUGAGUUAGUGAUACCCGGUAUGUUGUAUAUAUAAUUGGUGAGAGAUGCACUGCCAUGGAAACCAUGGCUUAGGUAAACCUGGUGCACUGCCAUGGCAACUAUGGCUUAGGUAAACCUGGUGCACUGCCAUGGAAACCAUGGCUCAGUUAGCCUGAUAAAGUGAUCUGGGCAAAUUUCAAUCCACGUUAUUAUACCAAUUUAACCAAGUAAAUUAAUUAUAUUUAAUAAGCCAUCUUGGUGUGGUGAAGAAAAUGAUAGUAAAAAUAACAUUAUUAACACUGUAGUUUAAAUAAUUGUCUAUAUUGUGUACAGAAUAGAGUAAAGCAAUAAUAUCCAACUUGGUGAUCAUGUUUAGUUUUUAUGUCAUCCACAUGUGACAGAUGUUCAUUUCUUGUCACUCUGAGCUGGGCACCUACAUAUUUAGUAUUUGUGUAUCAUACAUGUCAGGCACAGUUACUUGUGUUAUUUGGGUUAUCUGGUCAUGUGAUCAAAUUUAUUAUCACAUGGCGGUAUCUUGUGAAGUUGUGUGUCCACCGGACAUCAAUGUAAAGAUAAAUGUAGAGAUAGGGUUGCCUGCCUUGUGUAUAUUGAGAUGCUGUGUCUAAGUCUCUAAUGAGUUAAUUAAAGUUUCAUUUCUGCAGCCUAAGAGUCAGAGCAUUAUCAUAUUAUCCCAUACAUCUCAACCAAUCAGUGGACAGUAUGAAUGUACGACAAUGUCAAUUUAAAACAAUUUGUCCUUGCAUCCAAUGUAUACUUUUAUUAGUUAAUAGAGACUUUAUUUCUAUGUAUGUAUUUAUUUGUAUGUUAAAUUAUUGUAAAUCAUACAUUUAUUACAUGGCUACUUUCCCUGUGAAAUUGUGAAUCUAUCUUUAAUAGUUUCUUUGUGAUCUAGUGAUUUUGAAUUAGUAAUUGUUUUAAUGAAUACAAAACAUGUCAAAAAUAUAAACCAAUCAGAGGAUUUCAUGUUUAUA